CCAUUAGUUUCCUCAGUUGUUUGUUUCUGCAAUCCUUCAUAAUGUCACUUACUGGAAAAAUUAGCACUGAACUUCCAGUUUAUGCAACUGCAGACAAAUGGUUCCACAUCUUUUCCAAAAAACUCCACCAUGUUCAACACGUUGCUGGUAAAGUUCAUGGAACCAAACUCCAUCAAGGUGAUGAUUGGCAUACCAAUGAUUCGGUCAAACACUGGACUUAUACCUUAGACGGUAAGACAGUAACAUGUCUUGAAAGUAUUGAAUCGGUUGAUGAAGAGAACAAAAGAAUUAAAUACAACGUCUUUGGUGAAGCUGUCGAUGAUAAAUAUAAGACGUUGAAGAUAAUCUUUGAAGCCAUCGAGAAAGAAGGUGGCAAAGCUGCAAUCAAAUGGACUAUUGAAUAUGAGAAGCUAAGAGAGGAUGUUCAUCCUCCAUAUGGCUACCUGGAAUUAUAUGACCAUAUCAUUAAGGAUGUUGAUGCUCAUAUUGUCGAGGCUGAAAAAGAUGCCACCAAAUAAGAACUGAAAGAAGGUUGUAGCCAAAGAUAAUGCUCAUGUAUGUACUAUACUAUCUGUGAAGUUUUCUGUGGAGAAUAUAAUACUUUUAUAGUUUGUGUGCAAUAAUAAUUAAUAAGAUGCAUGUGGGUGAUAUAUAUAUCAGAAAGGUGUUCAAUAAAAAGAUAUCUUUUGGUCUUC